AUGUUCUGGAGACUUCGCCGCGACCUGAUACGCGACCACGGUGCUCAGCUGGGUCUUCACGGCGCGAGCGGAGACGGACUGGGAGACGAAAACGCGGCUGUGGAGGAAGGAGAAACCAGCCCGGAUCCCCAACCUCAGCAAGGACGGAAAACGCGGAGGGAAGCGUGUACCUGUCCCUACUGCAAAGACAGCGAGGGAAGGAGCUCUGGGGAUCCGGGUAAAAAAAAGCAACACAUCUGUCACAUCCCGGGCUGCGGGAAGGUGUACGGCAAAACCUCUCACCUGCGGGCUCACCUGCGGUGGCACACCGGGGAGCGACCCUUCAUCUGCACCUGGAUCCUCUGCGGCAAACGCUUCACCCGCAGCGACGAGCUGCAGCGGCACAAGCGCACGCACACAGGAUUCGGGGUUGAGCGCGCGCUGGGUCAGGCUUUAGCACCCGCCGGCAACGGCCACCGCUGCGGUGCGGUGCCAGAGGGGAGUGUGAAGGCCCCGGUGGUCCUCGCUGGCGUCAGCGUCGCUGCCGUGCGC